AUGAUCCAUGGUCCUUGCGGUGCUUGGUGUUUAGCCGAUAAAGGUAAGUGUUCAAAGAAAUUCCCCAAGAUUUUCUCAGAUCGAACAACUAUGGAUGGAGAUGGUUAUCCUCAUUAUAAACGUAAAAAUACUACGUCUUACACUCGUCGCGAUGGUUUUGUUUUUGAUAAUCGUCAUGUAGUCCCUCAUAAUCAACAAUUAUUAUUGAUGUUCAAUUGCCACAUCAAUGUAAAAGUUGUUACAAGCGUGAAAGCGGUUAAAUAUCUUUACAAGUAUAUUUAUAAAGGGCACGAUGCCGCUGCUGUGGUAAUUCAAGAAUCUGAAUCCAAUCAAGAUCAAGGUGUUAUAGAUCAUGACGAAAUUCGUAACUAUGUGGAAACUCCCUAUGUUAGUCCUCCUGAAGCCUCUCCAAUAACUCCGGCAGCUCCGUUCGUUGAGAUUCAAUUAAUCAAAAGCUGA